AUGAAUACAUACACACGUUGCGAGGGAGCUUUCAUUGGACAUGCUAUUGCAUCACAGUAUGAUCCAUCGAUAUUAAUGGCAUUAAAUGUUAGUGAAAGUCUUCUUGAAUGUAAGAAAUUUGAUGGAUCAGACAUUUUAUCAAGACAUCUUUAUUUAUAUCAUACAAAGAAAUGUGAAAUUGGUGAAAUAACAAAAUAUGUUUAUCAGGAAGGAAUAAAACGUAUUGGUGCACAAUCGUCUAUUACUCGUGAAAAUUUUCGUUUUCAACAAUCAACUAUUGAUGAAUUUGUUAAAUUAGCUCACAACAAAUACGAUGGUUAUACUGCUGCUUGUGGCCCAGCACAACGUUCAUAUCCACUUGCUUUUUGUCAGUAUAUAAAUGAUGAUGACUUAUUUGAUUGCACUAUGCUUGAAGCAAAACUAACUCAUUACAGUCCAAUUGCAGGUCAAGUAGCUGGUAUUAUAAAUCUUAUAUGUCGUUCACUUAUUAACAAUGUAAAUUGGGAUGAAGCAGUAAGUUCAGCAUUCGCAACACCUCGUCUUCAUAAUGAUGUACAGAGUAUAUUAUUACGUCAUCAUCGGUGGGCUGAUCCUGCUGUAGAAACACAUGUAGCUUAUGCACCAACAGUACUACAUGCUGCUUUGCAUCAUAUUGCUGUAUCGAAAAAUGCAGCUCAAGCAAUGGCAAGUGUUGACAGUAAAAAUAAAGUUUAUUGUUUACCGAUUAUUGGUAUAUUAGCUGGUGCUCGUUGGGGAAUUCCAUUAGAAACAUAUAAAGAUAAUAUUAAUGAUUCACAAUUAGUCACUCUUCGUGAAGCAUCUACUAAACUAACUGCUACUUGGAAACAAAAAACUGAUCAGCCAUAUAAUUAA